CUACCCCCGGCUCCUCCCCCCGCCUGCCCCGCGGUGGACUGGCUGUUCUCAUGGCGUCGUGGUGGGCCGCCCUCAGCCUCCUUUGCCUGCUGCUGGCCGCCGUUUUGGGUGAGGAAUGUCAGGCAUACACUGAUCAUCUUGGCAAGGCACAACCUGCAAAAUCCUGUCCCUACUACUGCUGUGGGAAUUGCCUGAUUCGAUACUGUUGCUCUAACGCGGUCUUAAAAUUUGAUGAAGAAAAACAACUUCCGUGUGAUCUGCUUUAUAGAAGGAUCUCAAGCAACGAAAAUUACAUGCAGAUUUUUUCGGGCCCUGAUGAUUACAUGACCUCUGUCUCAAACAUCGUUAAGGACAUACAGUCCUUAAGAGACAACCAUCUUUAUGUUGAUUCCGGCCCCAGUUUUGGAACCCUUGUUGCGAUUGGAGUUACUGUUUGUGCAGUGAUUAUAAUUACUAUUAUUCUAUGCCUCACCUGUUCCUGUUGCUGUUUGUAUAAAGCAUGUCGAAGACCAAGGCCUGUUGUGACCACCACUUCCACUACAGUGGUUCACUCUCCCUAUCCCCAACAACAAGGAGUGCCACCCAACUACCCAGUAGCCCCGUAUCAAGGAUAUCAGCCUGUGGCUAUCCAGCCACAACCGGGGAUGCCGGUAGCACCAUACCCUGUACAGUAUCCCCCCCCUUACCCCAUGCAGCCAUCAGGACCCCCAGCUUAUCAUGAAACGGUGGCAGCUGGUGCUGGAGCACCUUACCCAGUCAGCCAGCCCCCAUACAACCCUGCUUAUGUGGAUCCUCAGAAGCCCACCUAUUGAAAAGAUCUUCUACUAUGUUUCUGCAUACAAAACUUUUUAAAGUAUAAUUUGUGCUGUUUACACUGUGCAAGUAUAGUAUAUUUUUCUGGAAGAUAGCAAACUUUUGUCCAAGCAAAGUGAAAGUUAAUUCAUUAUCUUUUUUUUUUUUUUAAAUCUUUGAGUACAAGGAAGAAGUAUUUUCUUGCAGUUGUUAAUUUAUACCUCAAUCAAAUCCAAAAAGAGAUAUUUUAUUUCUAUAUACAAUGAGAAAAGCAUGAAGAAGGAAUACUUUGGAAAUAAGAACCACAAUAACAUUUGUUGUGCAAUACUUUUGAAAGGAAUAUGAGCAUUGUCAAACACCCAAAGCUGUAGCAAUCUUUUGCACAGUAUUAAAACAUAAAAGCUUAAUCUCCAAGAAACUACCUGAUAUAUGUUAUGUAUGUUCUGCAUGUUUCGGAGCUACUAUUAUUAUUGUAGGUAAACUACAAUGCAAUACAUUUCAUUUACCAUUCCAAAGGGAAUUUUCCUUUUUUUAAACACAUUUGCCUUCAGUAGAGCGUAGCAAACCACCUUUAAUUGUGUUUGGAGAAGUUACAUUUUUCUGUGCUAAAUAGUAUGAGUUCAUCAUUUCCUUGUUUUCUUUCCCAAUUUUAAGGCUUAAGAACUGUGCCUUCUUUGGGUGUUUUCCCAGGCCAUCUUAAUUUAUAGCUGGAAACUAACAACAAAACCAAACUCUCUGCCACUUCAUAGAACAAAUAAAUCAAAAGCUGAAAAUCGGAGAAUUCUUCAUAAAAACUAUUAGACAAAUAUUUGUUGGACAAGCUUACUUAAGUCAUAUCUUGUUGAUUAUGUUUGGAAGGAAAAUUGGCACCUUACUGAGAUGCUAAGCAGAAGUACCUGCCAGUGUUCAGUCCUGCCUCAUCAUGGGCAGGGAAUUUAUUUUACAGGAGAGAUGGGAUAUCAAGUAGAUUGGGGUUUAUCACUGUCUAUCUCUACUGGGAGCCGUAAACAGCAGGAACCUGGGGAUGACAGAUCUUUAUAAACUCAGUCUGCAUUUGAAGAAUAACAUACGGGAGGGGGUUAAGAAAUCCCAACCCAACACACAGUAGAGAUUAACCUCCCUUUUGUCUUCAGCACUCCCAUAAAGCUGAGCACAGAACAAGAAGUCAGGGAAAGGAGUGGUAGGAUUUGGUCAUAGAGGGGUAAUGUGUUUUCAUGUUUUUUUUUUUUUUCUUUUUUAGUGUCCUGUACAAUUUUAUCUUUUCUAGCAUGGAAAUAAAAUUUGUUACUCCUCAGUGGAA